CGUUAUUUUGGUUCUCUUACCAAAAAAAAAAACAAAAAAAAAAAAACAAUAGACCACCAGCAAUAAGAAUUUACCGGAAGCAAGCUAUUAAGAGCACCGCCACCAACAAAGCGAUUCCGUUUUCGCCGCCGUUAAUUGCCGAAUCCAAUUGAAAAACAAAAACAAGAAGAGGAAGAGAGAUUUCGAAGAAAGCGUCUAAACAGAUCCGGAGAGAAAAGUUAGAUCGGAAUAGGAAAGAAGAUUUUGUUCCAAUUCAAUCCAAUUGGGGAAGAUGAAUAUAUUCAGAUUAGCCGGUGAUAUGACCCACCUCGCCAGCGUCCUCGUCUUGCUUCUCAAGAUCCACACUAUCAAAUCUUGUGCUGGUGUUUCUUUGAAAACCCAGGAACUCUAUGCCAUGGUUUUCGCGACUCGGUACUUGGACAUCUUCACGGAUUUUAUUUCUCUGUACAACACCGUCAUGAAAUUGAUAUUCUUGUGGAGCUCAUUCUCGAUUGUUUGGUACAUGAGGAGCCACAAGGUUGUUCGUAGAUCUUAUGAUAAAGAUCAAGACACGUUCCGCCAUUAUUUCCUCUUACUGCCAUGCCUAAUCUUGGCCAUAUUUAUCAAUGAGAAAUUCACCUUUAAGGAGGUCAUGUGGACAUUUUCCUUGUAUUUGGAAGCUGUUGCUAUUCUUCCUCAGCUCGUGUUGUUGCAGAGGACGAGAAAUAUUGACAACUUGACUGGCCAAUAUAUAUUUCUUCUCGGUGCAUACCGGGCGUUAUACAUUCUGAACUGGAUUUACCGCUACUUCACUGAGCCACACUAUGUUCAUUGGCUUCCUUGGAUUUCAGGGCUUCUUCAAACAUUGCUAUAUGGCGAUUUCUUCUACUAUUAUUUCCUCAGCUGGAAGAACAACAAAAAACUUCAGUUGCCAGCUUGAAUUAGAACCUUUUCCUUUAUCUGGUGCGGAGAUUGCCGGUUACAACUAAAUGUGGAGGAUUCUAAACAAUGAGUGAUGCAGGAGAAUUUAGUUAUAAUAGUUGUUUUUGUACUUGCAUUGUCGCUUGUACUUCACAAUUUAACUGUACUUUUGUUAUUUGUUAUUUGUUAAGUGCGUCUUAUGACCUUAGUGAUUAUUUUACUAUAAUUUUGUGACUGAGCUAUAAAUACCCAGAGACUUGAAUAUUGAGAUAUUGAUAUCAUAGUUUGUUUUUC